CGUGCGCGUGCACACAUGGAACAUGACGUCAAGCGGCACGCACAGCCACAGUCCUCUAGCAGCAGCAGACGGAGGGGAUUGAAGAGGGAAAUAGAAAAACAGACACCUAGAAGAGAAAAUCCAGGCUGUUCCGUCCAAACAGAAACGCUCUUUAGCAUGGCCGAAGAAAACAUCUUCCUGUUCGUCCCGAAUUUGAUCGGAUAUGCCCGUAUUGUGCUGGCUCUGGUGUCCUUUUACCUGAUGCCCUGUUGCCCGGGCCCGGCAGUGUUUUGUUACCUACUGAGUGCCCUGUUGGAUGCCUUCGAUGGACACGCAGCCCGCGCUCUUAAUCAAGGUACAAAGUUUGGUGCCAUGCUGGACAUGUUGACCGACCGCUGUGCCACCAUGUGUUUGCUGGUGAACCUGUCACUGCUGUACCCGUCCUAUACUUUCAUGUUCCAGCUCAGCAUGUGUCUGGACAUAGCCAGCCACUGGCUGCACCUGCACAGUUCCAUGAUGAAGGGAGCCACCAGUCACAAGACCAUUGACCUCUCUGGCAACCCCAUCUUACGGCUGUACUACACAUCCAGGCCGGUGUUGUUUUUCAUGUGCAUGGGGAACGAGCUGUUCUUCUGUCUGCUGUAUAUAAUGCACUACAUUGAGGAACCCAAGGUGUGGCUGCAGUGGCUGCUGGGAGUUUGCGGUGUGGUCUGUGUGCUGAAGUCUGGCAUUAGUCUCCUCCACCUCAUCACCGCCUCCCGUAACAUGGCAGCUAUCGAUGUUGCUGACCGUGAGAGAGAGCAGAGGAAAGCACAGUGAGACCUGAGAGUGUGCAGAAACCAAGAAAACUGAGACAAAGGCCGUGAAAUAAGAACGCUGGCCAGUAUAGAUGAGGAUGAGAUCAUGGAAAUCAGUUAUGGGACCUUGCAAAGCCUCACUGGGAAUUUAUAUUUAUUUGAAUAUAGAUCAUCCAUGCUAUAAUGCCAGGGCAAAUUCCUUACGAGUUUGAUCCAUAUUCCUGUAGAUCUGCUUUUUAUUUCUGUUGAUGGAACUAGUUGCACUAUGAGUGUACCAUGUUUAUGUCAUAAUUUUUAAUUGUUGACGGUUAAUCUAUUUGUUAAUGGAAUCAUCAUCCAUCAUUUUAAUGGGAUUUAGAAUAGCUCUGCGAUUUAAAACCAACAUUUCCACACACAGAGAGAGCGAGAGAGACUGACACAUUCCACGCUUCAACUGAAAGCCACUCAAGUAUUACUGUAUUUGCCCAUUGUUUUAUCAUUACUUGUGAUACUGAAUUAUGUUUGAACACUUUGUACGAGCCUGUUUACUACUGUUUUGUUGCAGGUAUAUCAAAGAACUUUGAAUAAUAAUUUGAAGAGUGCAAAGCCAUUAUUAUAUUAAACAAGUAGAUCUGGCAUCAUUUUCGUCCAUUGCCUUCUGGAUGUAUUAUUUGUGGUAGGGGGGUAAAAAUACUGUUUGCUGUCUGAAGUUUUACAGCUGUUGUGAUAAAUAAUAGGAAAUAUAUGAGAGUUAUAUGAUUGUGAAGAAAAGUCCUUUGUACUGUUACCUGAUGAUUUGACAAUAAAGAUAACCUGAUACCAAGA